CAAAUUGCACCCGUGAAAUGCGGGAAAAGGACAUAUUCCUCGUGACAACUACUACGAGCCAACAAGAAGGGAAUCUCACCUGAGCAAAGUGACUCGAAUUGACGAAGCCAACAACUAGGAGAGAGUGUGCGCGCGAUAAAGAGGGGAUCAAUUCCCACUUUCCAGUGGAGUGAGAGAGUAGGAAUGGGGUGGGCAAUUGCCUUGCAGGGUGGCGCCGGCGACAUACCACUGACUCUACCUCCGGAACGCCGGGAGCCACGAGAAUCGGCCCUCCGCCAUUGUCUGCAGAUCGGCGUCGCUGGUCUCAAAGCCAAACAGUCUGCUUUGGAUGUUGUAGAACUUGUGGUACGUGAACUGGAAAACCAUCCGAACUUCAAUGCUGGUAAAGGAUCUGUCCUAACCAGCGCAGGCACUGUUGAAAUGGAGGCUUGCAUCAUGGAUGGUAAUACAAAGAAAUGUGGAGCUGUUUCUGGUCUCACCACUGUUGUUAAUGCCAUAUCUCUAGCUAGGCUGGUUAUGGAGAAAACACCUCAUAUAUAUCUUGCAUUUGAUGGCGCAGAGGCAUUUGCAAGGGAACAGGGGGUUGAAACUACAGAUACACAUCAUUUUAUUACUCCAGAAAAUAUUGAGAGGCUAAAACAAGCAAAAGAAGCCGACAGGGUUCAGAUAGAUUAUACUCAACCCAUCCAAAAAGAUGCUGAAAAAGAAACACCAGCUGCUGAUGGGGAUAGCCAAAUCGGCACAGUAGGAUGUGUGGCAGUUGAUAGCCAUGGAAAUUUAGCUACCGCAACAUCUACUGGUGGGUUUGUGAACAAGAUGGUUGGAAGGAUUGGGGACACACCCAUCAUUGGCGCGGGCACAUAUGCCAACAGUCUGUGUGCAGUCUCUGCCACGGGCAGAGGUGAAGCAAUAAUACGUUCUACUGUUGCGAGAGAUGUGGCAGCCCUUAUGGAGUACAAGGGGCUCUCUCUCAAGGAGGCAGCAGCUUAUGUCGUAGAAAAGUGCGCGCCAAAAGGCACUGCUGGCUUGGUUGCUGUGUUUGCCACCGGAGAAGUCACAAUGGCAUUUAAUACGACAGGCAUGUUUAGAGCUUGUGCCACCGAAGAUGGAUAUUCUGAAAUCGGAAUAUGGCCAUCUGUUUGAGUUUGUGUGUUAUGUUUCAGUAGUGUAAUCUGUUUGGUUUUACCAAAUACCAGAAUGUUGCUGUAAAAUCAUGGUUUGAGCUGCAUAGGGCCAGCGAGACUUGGUAUUUUAAAAUGAUCUUGGAACCAUGAAAUUAUUAUUAUUAUUUUGGUAUUUUAAAAUGAAGUGAAGAGUAUGAAUGUAAGAGAUUGUUUUUAACAUUUGCAGCACUUUGUGAACUAGAAUUCUUCUUGAAAGUACCUGUGGUACAUGGUUCAAAAUUGCUUCUUUUUUUCUUUUUCUUUUUUUUUUUCAUCAAGUUCCUUUAACGAAAAAGGUCUUAACUCAUCAAUUCUAAAAUAUGAUUUGCAUUUUCAGAAAAGAAAAUAAAAUAAAAUAAAAUAAAUAAA